AUGAGCACAGCAAACCAAUUGGAAAUUUGCAACUCAACUGUGACAUAUUUUGACACUACAGAUUUUCUCUCUACAACUCUACACUCUAUGUCUUUUUUUCAAUAUCCAUCUCAUAUUUUUGGCGCAAUCGUUAUCAUAUUCCACACACCCCAUGGAAUGGCUUCUGUGAAGUGGUCACUGUUGAGCCUCCACGUUUGGAGCUCAAUUUUAGAUGUCUACUGGAGUCUACUCGCGAUUCCAUUUGUCACUUUCCCCUAUAUGGCUGGAAAUGGAAUUGGAGUAUUAUCAGAGCUAGGUCUAGAUACUAGAUUUCAAGUUUAUCUAUCUGUCACCAUAGUUGCCGUACUCGUGGCUACCAUGGUUAAGGUGUACGAGAAUCGAUGGUUUUUGCUCGCUCGAAAUCUGAAAAAGUGGAAAAAAAUUCGAAAAAAGUUAUGUUUGAUACACUAUUUUGCAAGUUGCACAUAUUUCAUUCCACUUUUAUUUUUUGUGCCUUAUCAAGAAGAAGCAGUGCCAUAUGUUUUGAAACAAAUCCCAUGCUACUCAGUUUACACGAAAACCGUCCCGCUCUUCGUUUUCACAUUGAACCCAUUGCCUGCAAUAAUCGUCGUCGCCAUAUUUGCCUCAAUGCAAAUAAUCUUAAUGACCUCUUUCAUUGCACUAACUGUAAAAAUUCUCGCAGUCCAAGCCCGCCGGAACACGUCUUCACAGUACACAAUUGCCCUUCACCGAAAAUUUCUGUAUGCGCUGAUAGCGCAGACAGGGCUUCCGGUAGUUGUGGUGUUUUGCCCACUUUUGAGCCUAUUCUAUCUUGUGCCAAUGGGCUAUCAUAAUCAAGCAAUAACCAAUGGAAUUUUCGUAUCAGUCUCUAUGCACGGAUUCUUGUCAACAGUUCUACUUCUUCUUGUUCAUCAACCGUAUCGUAUGGCAACCUUACGGAUAUUUAAAUGUCGUUGGAAAGUUAAAACUAAUGUCAGAGGAUCUAGUUUUAAAUAA